GGAGAGCUGGUGAGCUAGAGUCUGGCCCGAGUUGGCUGGAGCUGUUGCCAUGACAAGCAUUUUCUUAAGAAAGCUCUGCUGUUGAGACCGUCCAAAGCUGGGGUUUGAGGAGGGGAGCACGAACUUCCUGGGAAAGGAUCCCUCCGAAGAGAGCAAGGCCAGAGACCCCCGUCCAGCUCCCCUGCACCCAUUUUCUUCCAGGAACCUGAGAGGUCCUUCCUUUUGGGAGGGUUGGGGGUGGAGACCCAGCCCACUCCCUGGACGUAGCCGGAAAGGCAAGAGAGCAAAGCCAGCAUCUCUAUCUAGCGUGGUUGCCACACUGGGGGGACCGGUGGGUGGUCACCCCCACCCCACCCCGUCCAUGGAAAUCCGGAGGGAGAGUCCCGCUUCGAGAAGCCUGGAUCUUUGCUAGAAAGAGAGAGAUCCAGUUGUCAGCGGUAUCCGGGGAGCCCUCCUCUUCCUCCUCCUCCUGCCGCCUCUCUACCACCGCAGUUGCUGGUUGUUGCUAAGGUAGCCUCCAUGGUAACAUGCCCAUCCUGUUUACACCUCCAUCUGGCCAAGUUGGUCUAAGCUAGGAACCCACCUACCCUGGACAACCGCUUCCAUUACCGCCUGGGGACACCAAUCGUCGUGACACGUGGUCCGGCUUCCACUCGGCUCCCCCAUCCUCUUCCUUCUCUCGCUGGCAAGCUUCAGACACGACAAGGGAUCUGGGCCAGAGGCUGCUACUCUGAAGCUUAUUCCACAGGAUAUAGCCCAUCUAUUUCUUCACUGGGCUUCCAGAGAAGUGAGAAGGAAGAAGAACUGAGGCAGAAGGGCGGGAGUUCCUGAUCAGUUGAAGGGAAGUCCACGUUUUCUCUGGUUGAGGGGCUUGGAAACAGCAGGCAAAAUGACGAACCCAACAGAACGUACCUUGCCGGCCAACUCGAUGGUUGAGGGCCCCGAACGGGAGUUUGGCUGCACGGUAAUGGAGCUGAGGAAGCUCAUGGAGCUACGGUCGACCGAUGCAGUCAACCAGAUCAGUGCCCACUAUGGAGGUGUAAUGAAUCUCUGCAGUAGACUGAAAACUAACCCUGUGGAAGGUCUGUCUGGGAAUCCUGCGGACCUGGAGAAACGCAAGCACGUGUUCGGACAGAACUUUAUCCCCCCCAAAAAGCCCAAGACCUUCUUAGAACUAGUGUGGGAAGCUCUUCAAGAUGUCACACUCAUCAUCCUGGAGAUUGCAGCCAUCAUCUCCCUCGUCCUGUCCUUCUAUCGCCCCCCCGGUGACGGAAAUGAUCAGUGUGGUCUACCCAUAAGUAGCGUGGAAGAUGAAGGAGAGGCAGAAACCGGCUGGAUUGAGGGGGCAGCCAUCCUGUUCUCCGUGAUCAUCGUGGUGCUGGUGACUGCCUUCAAUGAUUGGAGCAAAGAGAAGCAAUUCCGGGGGCUGCAGAACCGCAUCGAAAAGGAACAGAAAUUCUCUGUGAUCCGAAACGGCCACAUCAUCCAGCUCCCUGUGGCUGAGAUCGUGGUGGGUGACAUCGCCCAAAUCAAAUACGGUGACCUCCUGCCCGCAGAUGGGAUCCUGAUCCAGGGGAAUGAUCUCAAGAUUGAUGAGAGCUCUCUGACUGGGGAAUCAGACCAUGUCAAGAAGUCCGUGGAAAAAGACCCAAUGUUGCUCUCAGGGACCCAUGUCAUGGAAGGUUCUGGCCGGAUGGUGGUGACUGCUGUGGGUAUCAACUCUCAGACUGGAAUCAUCUUUACCCUUUUGGGAGCCAGUGAGGGAGAGGAGGAGGAGAAGAAGAAAAAAGGUAAAAAACAAGGAGUCCCUGAAAAUCGCAACAAAGCCAAAACCCAGGAUGGAGUGGCCCUGGAGAUCCAGCCACUCAACAGCCAGGAGGGGAUCGACAAUGAGGAGAAGGAGAAAAAGGCGGCCAAGCUGCCCAAAAAGGAGAAGUCUGUGCUACAGGGCAAGCUGACACGCUUGGCUGUCCAGAUUGGGAAAGCUGGCCUCAUCAUGUCUGCCAUCACGGUUCUCGUCCUGAUCCUGUACUUUGUGAUUGAAAACUUCGUGAUCCUCCGAAGAGCGUGGCUACCCGAGUGCACCCCUAUCUACAUCCAGUACUUUGUCAAGUUCUUCAUCAUUGGCAUCACCGUGCUCGUGGUGGCUGUGCCCGAGGGGCUGCCGCUGGCUGUCACCAUUUCCCUGGCCUACUCUGUGAAGAAAAUGAUGAAAGACAAUAAUCUGGUGCGGCACCUGGAUGCUUGCGAAACAAUGGGCAACGCCACAGCUAUCUGCUCCGAUAAGACGGGCACAUUGACCAUGAACCGCAUGACCGUGGUGCAGGCUUAUAUUGGAGACACCCAUUACCAUCAGAUCCCAAGCCCUGACGCCCUCCUGCCCAAGGUCCUGGACCUUAUUGUCAAUGGCAUUUCUAUCAACAGUGCCUAUACCUCCAAGAUUCUGCCUCCGGAGAAGGAGGGAGGCCUGCCGCGCCAGGUGGGCAACAAGACCGAGUGUGCCCUGCUGGGCUUUGUCACAGACCUGAAGCAGGAUUACCACGCGGUGCGCAAUGAGAUGCCUGAGGAGAAGUUCUGCAAGGUGUACACCUUCAACUCCGUGCGCAAAUCCAUGAGCACGGUCGUGGAGAAGCCCAGCGGGGGCUACCGCAUGUACAGCAAGGGCGCCUCUGAGAUCCUCCUGCGCAAGUGUAAUCGAAUCCUGGACAAGAAGGGGGAAGUGGUGCCGUUCAAGAACAAGGACCGAGAUGAGAUGGUGCGCACGGUCAUCGAGCCCAUGGCCUCGGAGGGCCUCCGAACUAUCUGCGUAGCUUACCGGGAUUUCAAUGACGGAGAACCCCCGUGGGACAACGAGAACGAGAUCCUCACCGAGCUGACCUGCAUCGCAGUGGUGGGCAUUGAGGACCCCGUGCGCCCAGAGGUACCGGAAGCCAUCGCCAAAUGCAAACGAGCUGGCAUCACGGUCAGAAUGGUGACAGGUGACAACAUCAACACAGCCCGGGCCAUCGCCACCAAAUGUGGCAUUAUCGCACCUGGGGAUGACUUCUUGUGCUUGGAAGGCAAAGAGUUCAACCGACUUAUCCGCAACGAGAAAGGCGAGGUGGAGCAAGAGAAGCUGGACAAGAUCUGGCCUAAGCUUCGAGUCUUGGCGCGAUCCUCCCCCACUGACAAGCACACGCUGGUGAAAGGCAUCAUUGAUAGCACUGUUGGGGAACAGCGACAGGUGGUGGCUGUCACUGGUGACGGCACGAAUGAUGGGCCAGCUCUGAAGAAAGCAGAUGUUGGCUUCGCCAUGGGUAUCGCAGGCACGGAUGUGGCAAAGGAGGCAUCAGACAUCAUCCUAACAGAUGACAACUUCACCAGCAUUGUGAAGGCGGUGAUGUGGGGCCGAAACGUCUACGACAGUAUCUCCAAGUUUCUGCAGUUCCAGCUCACCGUCAACGUGGUGGCCGUGAUUGUGGCCUUCACCGGAGCCUGUAUCACUCAGGAUUCCCCACUGAAAGCCGUGCAGAUGUUGUGGGUUAACCUAAUCAUGGACACUUUUGCCUCGCUGGCCCUGGCCACGGAGCCUCCCACAGAGUCUCUGUUGAAGCGUCGCCCCUAUGGCCGAAAUAAGCCUCUGAUCUCACGUACUAUGAUGAAGAACAUCUUGGGCCAUGCGGUCUAUCAGCUCACUGUCAUCUUUUUCCUUGUCUUUGCCGGUGAGAAAUUCUUUGACAUUGAUAGUGGGAGGAAGGCGCCUCUACAUUCCCCACCCAGCCAGCACUACACCAUUAUUUUCAACACCUUUGUGCUGAUGCAGCUCUUCAACGAAAUUAACUCCCGCAAGAUCCAUGGAGAGAGGAAUGUCUUUUCAGGCAUCUACCACAACCUCAUCUUCUGCACUGUGGUCUUAGGCACAUUCAUCAGCCAGAUUCUCAUUGUGGAAUUUGGGGGUAAACCCUUCAGCUGUACGAAGCUCACCCUGUCUCAGUGGUUUUGGUGUCUCUUCAUCGGCAUCGGAGAACUGCUGUGGGGCCAGGUCAUCUCCUCGAUACCCACGCAAUCCCUGAAGUUCCUGAAGGAGGCCGGGCAUGGCACCACGAAAGAGGAGAUCACCAAGGAUGCGGAGGGGCUGGAUGAGAUUGACCUCGCGGAGAUGGAGCUGCGCCGAGGCCAGAUCCUCUGGUUCCGGGGCCUGAACCGUAUCCAGACUCAGAUCGACGUAAUUAACACAUUCCAGACGGGAGCCUCUUUUAAGGGAGUCCUAAAGCGACAGACCAUGGGUCAACACCUUGAUGUAAAACAUGUUCCUAGCUCAUCCUAUAUCAAAGUGGUCAAAGCGUUCCAUAGUUCCCUCCACGAAAGCAUUCAGAAACCCAAGAACCAAAACUCCAUCCACAACUUCAUGACCCACCCUGAAUUCGCCAUAGAUGAGGAGGUGCCACGAACACCACUCCUGGAUGAGUACGAGGAGGAAGAUCUUGAAGAGGCUCCUAAGGCUGGGACUAGGGUGCUCCUGUUGGAUGGUGAGGUCACCGCACAUGCCAACAAGAACAACAAUGCGGUGGACUGCAGCCAAGUGCACGUCGUUGCCUCCCACGCGGACAGCCCUCUGCACAGCCUGGAGACAUCAGUUUGAACUUCAUUCUCUGGCUCCCAUCCCUGCUUUCCCCAUUUCCUUUAUCAUCUGUCCCAUCUCUAAGGUGACGAUGGGACUUUUCACCGUCAUGUCAGCUGCUCCCAAGUACGUGUGAACCCCCACCUGACCAUGAAGAGGCAAGAGCACAGACCAACAACGAUUUCAACUUACACUUGAGUUGAGGUUUAAAGUGGGAUCCAGUCAAACCCCAGGCAGGUAAAGAAUGGUAGAAUCUA